AUGCCGUCACACACAUCCACCCACCAGAACCAGCCCGCUGGCACCAAUUCGUUCCGGUGUCGCGUGUGCCUACUCAUCAACAAGUACUGCUCUAACUGUCUGGCCCACCAACACUCCGGGCAAUCCUGCCGCAGCGCGGGAAGGUGCAGAGUGUGUCGGGGGGACCACCACACACUGCUACACUUCAAGGAGGCACGCAGCGCUCACCCCAACCGUCAGCGACGAGGCGAUGACCAACCGGUCUCCACCCGGUCCCGAACCCCAACAAGGCCACGCUCGCCAAGGCCGCGCUCGCCACGGCCACGCUCGCCACAGUCACGCUCCCGCUCGCCGUCACCCCAUCGACCGGCCUCGCCGACGUCCGAGGAGGCCUUUCCGACGUCGCUCGCAUCCUUGCUGCAGGACAAGGCUGUGAGCAUACUUCCGACGGCCAACAUCCUGAUCGACACCGGAUGCAAGACCUUUGAGAUGCGAGCGCUGAUCGACCCGUGCGCGGCGACCAGCCGUAUCAGCGCAUCUUUGGCAACAGCCUACCGGCUAUCCGUCACCCGCGUUGGUACGGAAGGCGUCUGCACGGCGAUCAUCCGCUCACGGACAUCCGAGUUCCGUCGAAAGGUGCUGCUGCAGGUGGACUCGCAACUCUGCAGCCGCACCCCCCCCCUCCGACCCCCAUCGAUGGUGUCCCUGGUGCUCGGCACUGAUGUGUAUCCUCACAUCAUCCUACCUGGCCUCCUGCCGACCACCAACGGUUUGCCAAUGGCCCAGAAUUCCACCUUGGGUUGGAAUCUGUCCGGUCCAUUUGGUCAAUGA